AUGGUAGUGGGCGUGCACAUCGCUGUUCCCUCACAGACGUUGUUCCACAUGCAGAAGUACCGGUGGUAUAACCUUGGCUGAUCAGCUUCUUCGUUUCAAACACCAUAAAACAGCAACAUGCAAGCUGCUAUGGAUAUAACUGCAAAGUACUGCCAUAAAGAAAUGGAGGCAUAUGGGUCAUGUGUGGCCUCCAAUCCAUCAACAUGGCAGCAGACGUGUCACGAGCUGAAGAUAAAGGUUGCACAGUGUACAUCAUCACACCCGGUGAUCCAGAAGAUCAGGCAGGACUGUUCCAAGGAGUUUGUGGAGUUUGAGCGCUGCUUGAGAGAAAACCAGGACAAACCUGCCUCCUGCUCACCACAUGUGGCUCGCUUUCUGGGCUGUGCAGAGACAGUGGACCUCAGUGGAGUGGCCACAAAUCCGGUAUCUCAGCCAUCUUAGCAUUAAGACGUCCUCCAUUACCUGAAAGCACCUGUCUCCACACCACCACAGGUGGGCUGGUUUCAAAUGCAUCCCAGCCAUGUUGCUGUAUGUACAGUGACUGAUAGAAUACAGUGCUAUGGAAAAGUAUUUGCCCCCUUCCAACCUAAUAACUGGUUGUGCUACCCUUGGCAGCAAGAACUGCAAUGAAGCAUUUGCAAUUGCUGGUAAUGAAUCACUGUGGAGAAAUUCUGGUCCACUCAUUUUUGCAGAUUUGUUUUAAUUCAGCCACAUUUGAGGGUUUUCAAGUGUGAGCAGCCUGUUUAAGGUCAUGCCAAAGCAUCUCAAUCAGAUUUAAGUCUGGACUGUGACUAGGCCACUCCAAAAUCUAAAUUUUUUUUUUUUUUUGAGCCAUUCAAAGGUGGACUUUCUGGUGUGUAUCAGAUCAAACUGCAUUUAAUAUUUAGUCUGAUUAUCUUUGUCUAAUAUUAAACUUAUUUGAUGAUCUGAAACAUGUGACAAAAAUGAAAAAAGAAACCAGGAAGGGGGGCACCUUUUCACAGCACUGUAUCUGUUUUCUUAAUGUGGCUCAGUGUGACUAACUUCAAAAAUAGCAGAUUGAUGCCAAAGUACUGUGGGUUAGAUGGUUCUUGUAGAAUAUUUCAUUGCUGUAUCAUUCGCUAACUUUUCAUGUAAGUCUUGUUGGCAUUUAAAAAUAUGAUUUAUGCUUCUUUAUGUGAGAAACUCAGGUGUGUACUGCUUUUUUAUUGAACUAUUUCAUUAAAAAAUG